AUGUGCAGGUGUAUGCGGCUGAGCAGAGCAAAGCAAAACAGAUGCAAAGUGAAACUCGGCUUCAAACUUCCAGCUUCCGCUAAGCUUUCUCUUCUUCCUGUUCCUGCUUUUCCUCCUCCACUGCUAUUUAUACUUCCACUUAUCCAUGUCUACAAGAUUUCCGUCUUCCGAACUUCAAGAACUUUCUCUCUUAUCUAUCUCGGGGUUCUGUUUCGAUCUCUCGCUCUGGAUCUCGGCCUCUCUUGAACCUCACACCUCUAUCUUCGCUGUCUCCGUUACCCAUGGUGAUGAUGAGCUGAUGAGGGAUGGUUAUUGAUUGGGAAACAUAAUUAAGUGCCAUGUCCGAUCAAGUUACACAAUCCUAUCACGGUAGGGAUGCAAUGACGGGUAAACCAGUGCGUCGUUACCAAUCUGUUUGGAUGGGUCACUCGAUGGGAACAAGCUGUAAGGCAGCUACUCAGGCUAGCGGUAAUAUGUCAAUUCAUUAUGAGUCCAAGCAAGAAGUUCGGGAUACUGUGAAGCACCCUGUACUUAGUGGGACAGAGAUAGGGACAGAAAUUUAUGCCAAAGGAUUUGCAGAAGUAGCUAAAUCCAAGACAGUCGAUAUUAUCAAUGAGAGUCUGGCAGCAGGUUCAAAACGACUUGGGAGAGAAAGUUUGGUUUCCCAGCCCUUUCCCAUGUUCAAUCUUUCUCAAAAGAGAAAGGGUGUUGUUUUGGCUUUAAAGAAUGAUGAAACCACGUGUCUUGGGGGAGUACCAAGUUCUCAAAAUGGCUCCAAGUCUGGACAUAUUACUGGUUCACUUCACAGAAGCGAGAGUCAUUUACCUUCAGAAUCUGCAAGGGCUCCUCCAGAAACAGGCACUCUUGAAUGUCGUUUUCAAUCUGGAGGCAUCUCACAUUACUCAGAGCAGCAGGUAAAAUCUCACAAAGAUUUUAAUAUGAACGGCCUAGCUGCUUCAACAUCUCUUCAUGAUGAUUUUACGAGGUCAAGUUUAAAAAUUGUGCCACAUGGAUUUAACAGCAGAAGGUCUCCAUUGCAGCCCUUCGUGUCUAGAAAAGAAGAAAUACAUAAAUCAAACUCCAUCAUGACAUCCAAAGAAUGUGUCCAGGAUACCAAUCAUUUCAGCCAUUCCACUAUUUUGGUUCAUGAGAAGAGCAACCUAUUAGAUUCCAGAACAUGUGGGAAGUCAUUGCUUAGGCAGAAAGACGCAACUCUGUUGCUCCAUGAUCCCUCUACAAGCAGUAGUAACAAGCACGCACAUUUUCUUGGUAAACAGUGGCAUAAUAUGCAAAAUCAUUCAGGUAUGAGAUUGUUUCCAAGCCAGAGCAACUCCCCAGAGGCGACCAAAUCAGAAGAUUUAUAUCACGGAUGUCAUUUGCUAACAAGACUUCCAUACUCUGUUCAUGAUGUGGAGACUAUGAGAAUAUACGCUACCAUCAACUCCAUAGGAGGAUUACUUAGAAGUCCUUCCAAGUUCUCCCAAACAACUCGCCGUUUUAUGAUCACGGAAAAGACCGAUGUUGCCUUAUCUGAUGAACAUCAAAUAUUGAGAGAAUCAACUGUAUCUGCCAAAUUCAAAGGAAAAUAUUUCAGCGAGCUUCUCAGUUUAUCACCUGAUUUCCGUUUCCAAGUUCAGCAAGGAGUGAAACUGCAACCUCUAGACAGCUCCACAGAAAGUGAUGGGCAAGGAUAUGUUAAAGAUGUAAAUGUUUCAAUUGGAUUGAAGACCAAAUCGUCAGCUGAAACUGAUACUAUGGACAUGGAUGCUUUACAGGAGAGCCAUCUUCCUGGUCUUGCUUUAUCCCCAUCUGAUAAGGGCCUCAAGGGGAAGUCACUAACAUCUCGAGCUGCAGAUACUUCAGCUAGAGAAGAAAUGAGGAGCAUACCCGUGACCAGGGAUUUAUGUGAUAUAAAUCAAGCGCUUCCCGAUCUUCCUGCUUUGUCAAGCCCAGUAGGUUGCAGGGAGACUAGCCCAUCAAGAACCCAGAGUUUGGACGUCGAACACCUCCUCUCACAUGCUGAGCAGCCUGGGACUUCCAAAUCUAGUGGUUGUCCUGAUGGCCAUCUGGGACCUGAGCCAAGCAGCAGGUGGGUCAAACGACUCAAGCUGAGUUCUUGUCGCUCUGCUCAUGGUACCAAGAGCUCAAAAUUGGAAGAAGCCUCUUCCCAUGAAAAAGUCAACAGGUUCUCCUGCAAAGUUUCGAAAUAUGGCACAACCAGUUUGGAUCCUACCAUGGUUAGAUGCCAUGGAAAAGAGCAGAUGGCAUUAGAUCAAAAUGCUAUCUUUCUUAGGAAUGGUGAGCCUUCUACUGUUGAUUCAGUGAAGAAAAGUCAACAUGUAACUCUUUCACAUCCUUGGAUUCGGCGGUGGUGUCAUAGUUCAGCGGCUACUCCCCGAAAGACAUCCAAAUCUGUGGUGGUUUGUCAGCCACAGUGUUCAAAGGCAACAUUAGAUGAUUUUCAAAAGAAGCAAUUUCCAAGCAUUGCUGCAAUGGCUCUGAUGGGGAAGGCUUUGCGUGGUUUCCGUUCAUGUGAGUUUAGGAAAAGAGGGUCUUUCGUUGUUUGGAAUUCCGAAGGGGUCUUGAGAUGACCGUGCCCAGAGUAAUAUGGGUUCGUUUAAGAGUAAGAAAAGAGAUCUGUGGAAGGAAGCUUAAAAAAGAGGUCCAAUGGAGUAGUGCCUGUAUAAGAUGUUGAGAAAGGGAAGCAAAGCUUUGGCCAUGCAUCACAAUCAGAUGAGAGGGAAGAUAUAUGGAGCAGUGUUUUUUUUGUUUUUUUUUUUAUUUCCUGAUUGUGAGUUAUCUGUUGUUUUUCAUCUCUCUCUAGAAGAAUAGGUUUUCUUGACGUGCAGCGGGAAGAACUCCAAAGAGGAUUUGUUCCUUGGAACAUGGCAACGCGUCUGGGAGGAUAAGAGGCGCAGCCAGACUAAUAUCAUGAUUACUUCAAAAGCAUCUGCCAUGAUGCUGAUGUCUCUUCCUCCCAGAAUAAUCACAGUGAGACCUGAGUACUGCCAAGGAACCAAGAACUUAUUUCGUAAAAAAGAAACCGACACAAAGACAAAAGCAUAUGUAUGAGACAUUAUCGAGAGGGUGGAGCUUAAAAUUCUGUUUCGAGUAUCCUGUGUUUGUACAUUAUUUACUUUUGCUAUGUUACUUUCUUUUUUA